AUGAGUGCGUUCUGGCAGAAGUCUCGCGUAUCGCUACAGGUGGCGGAGACGAAAGACGGUGAUCAGAAGGGGCAGAGGGAAGAGUUGGAGGGGGUGACAGGAGGGGGGAGCGAUCUAGAGAAGGAGGAGGUAGAAGGAGAUAGAAUGAACGAAUCGUACUAUGAAUCAGCGGGAGCGUCGGGAGAGAAUUCAGAGUUGGAAAGAUUAAGGGCUCGAAAAAGGGGACAGCUGAGCGAGGUGGAGGCUAUACUGAGAGAUCAAUACCGGAGACAGGGAAAGACGGGGACAGGUUUUGGUGGGAUUUACGGGAAAAGGGAGAGAGAAAGGCAGGAAGUGAAGAGCGAAAAGUCAGAAGAGGGCAAUAAAAGAAGAAGCUCGGAGUCGGAGGAGUCGUCGGACAGAGGAGAAAGAGGGAAGAAAAGGAAGGGGAGAGAAGACCCGGUUGCGAAACUCACGAAAAUAAUUCAGUCUUUCAAGUUUGAGACGUUGGAAAGAUUGAAGGAGGUAAAGGAGGACAGUGGGGCGACGAGGGAGGAGGUGAAAAGGGUAAAGGAUAGCAUAGAGAAAAAAGAGAAAAUAUGGGAAAAGAUGAAUGAAAUGGAAAAACAGGCGAUGGAUUCUCAGAUGGAGAGAAGGAGGGCAGAGGAGGAGAGUGCUAAAACGAUGGUAGAACUGGAAAAAAAAUGUGAGAAGAUAGAUCAGCUAAAGAAAAUAGUGGAGGAGAUAAGGAGGGAGGAAACAGAAAAAGCGGGGGGGAGUGGGGAAGGAAGUACAGCGGAGCCACAAAUCGAGGGAAGGCUAAGAGAGUUGGAAUGGAAGGAAGAGAAGCUGGAGAGGGAGAGAAGAAAAAAGAAUUUGAUAAUCAGGAAGAUAGAGCUAGCGGUGGGGGACGGGAGGAAGGAAGUGGAAGCCCUAUUAACUAAGGUGUUGGAGGUGGAAGUGAGGGUAAUGUGGGUACGAAAAAUUGGUGGAACGGACAGGUUCGGAGGAAGUUCCGUAUUAAUAGGCUUGGAGGAUGAAGGAUAG